AUGUCCGACUCUUUCGAUGAGGGAUCUGAAAGUUACUCAGUUGACGAAUAUGCCGAGAGUAAACAAGCGCUGUCACGUACGCCCGACUCAAUCCGAUCUACCGGUGAAACUGGUACCUUCUAUAGUGAAUAUGCGAAUCCAGGUCUUCAGGAUAGUUGUCGACACUACGGUACCCAAUACAUGGGAGCUCGAUGCCUCGAAUUCAGUCUCGUGAACAAGAACUGGUUCGAAGACUUCAGCUCAAGGAUACUGCGCGAUACGGCCAAAGGACUCGGUGUGCUCGAACUACGAGCCGAUCCUCACAGGCUUCUCCUCUACGAACCUGGGUCGUUCUUCCAAACCCAUAGUGAUCCAGAAAAGGAACAAGACAUGAUCGGAACUCUUGUCAUCCCCAAUGAUGGUGUCUCAGGCCUCAUCUCGAAUAAUUUCCGAUCGCACGGAGUGGACAUUAGCCGAGGGCUGGAUGAUCAUCUGAGAAAGCACUUCGAUGGCAAAGAACAAGCGAUCGAUUGGAAUCAUUGGUUCCAAGAGCUUAUCCAAGACAAUGUUUCAGCUGACAAAUUUGAUUCCUUUUGUGCUGUCUUUCAUGUCAUCGGGGUGGUACACCCCUAUUGGAGACUUUAA